CACAUGUAUGGAGCAUUAAAUGUGGACGAAAAAAAUGCUAAUGACAGAUUAAUUAGGCUUAAUAAAUUUGUCUCGCAGUUUACAGGCGGAAUCUGUAAUUUAUUUUGUUAUUAGUCUACGUUUAAUACUUGAAAUUUUUUUUAGACCAAGGGCAUUACGCCCUCAUCUCCAUUUCUAGAAAUGAAAGUUUAAUAUAUUUUAAAUGUGUAUCCGUAUACGUUAAAAUUUUUUUUAAGGAGAAACUAAACACGGCCGAAGUGAAAAAAAAAAUACGACUCCAUAGUUUUAGCCAAUCUGAAUAAAAAACCAGCCGAACACAGCCAAAACCCACAUCUCGGUUCGGCCCGGUUCAGUGGUCGGUCUUGAGCAAAAUCAAAUCAUCUUUUUUCCCCCACCCUUUGGACUCUCGUCAGUCGUCGGAAACCCUCGACCAAUCUCACAACCCUCUCCAUGGCCGCCUCCGUCUCGCCCGCCGCCUCCCCUCCCCGCCGCCACCGCCACCGCCACGACGACUCCCCUCCCCGCCGCCGCCGCCGCCACGACGACGACUCCCCGCGCCACCGCGACGACCGCAAGCGCCGCGCCUCCCCGUCCCCGUCCCCGUCCCCCUCCCCCUCCGACCGCGACGCCGACCGCCACCGCGGCAAAUCUAGGGCUUCCCCGCCCCGCCGCCCCCGCGAUUCCGACCCCGCCGAGAGCAACGGAGGAGGAGCACCCAAGCCUGGCGGGGACAACGGCGGCGACCGCUCCCCCCGCCGCGCUAGGGUGCCCGAUGCGGAGGAGGAGGGUGGUGACCGCAGGAGGAGGCCGUCCCGGGUUUCCGACGACGACAAGGAGGGCGGCCGCCGCCGGAGGAGGCGCUCCACCGACUCCGACGACGAGAGAGGCGACCGCCACCGGAGGCGCCACCGCCGCCGGAGCCCCAGCUCGGAGUCCUCUGAUGGUGGCCGUAGCCGUCGCCACCGUCGUGACGAGAGCUCCAGGCGGCAGAGAGAUGAGAGGCGCCGGGACAGGGGCGGUCGCGAGGAGCGACGCAGGAGCCCUGAUAGGAAGGAGCCGACUCCGCCGCUGCCCCCGCCACCGCCGCUCUUGCCGGAGUUGAUACCCGGCCGCACAGGAGGAAUCUACAUCCCGCCUUUCCGCAUGGCGCAGAUGAUGAGGGAGGUAGAGGACAAGUCGAGUCCCGAGUACCAGCGUCUCAGCUGGGAUGCUCUCAAGAAGAGUAUCAAUGGUCUGGUGAACAAGGUGAAUGCCACCAACAUAAAGAAUAUAGUGCCCGAGCUGUUCGCCGAGAACCUGGUUCGUGGAAGGGGGCUCUUCUGCCAAUCGUGCAUCAAGUCGCAGAUGGCUUCGCCUGGCUUCACAGAUGUGUUUGCUGCACUUGUCGCGGUUGUAAAUACCAAGUUCCCUGAGAUUGGCCGCCUGCUUCUUGUUCGUGUUGUGCUUCAGCUCAAGAGGGCAUAUAAGCGAAAUGACAAGCCACAAUUGCUUGCAGCAACCAAAUUCAUAGCACACUUGGUUAACCAGGUUGUUGCUCAUGAGCUCGUGGCGCUGGAGCUUCUUACCGUGCUGCUUGAGAACCCAACUGAUGAUAGUGUUGAGGUAGCAGUGGGGUUUGUUAAAGAGUGUGGGGCAAUGCUACAGGACUUGUCUCCACAAGGGCUUCAUGCUAUUUUCGAAAGAUUUCGAGGUAUUCUUCAUGAAGGUGAAAUAGACAAGCGUGUGCAAUUUUUAAUUGAAGGACUGUUUGCAAUUAGAAAGGCUAAAUUUCAGGGAUUCCCUGCUAUCCGUCCAGAGUUGGAUCUUGUGGAGCAGGAAGACCAAUUUACUCAUGAGAUAUCCCUUGAAGAUGAGCUAGACCCAGAGACUAAUCUAAAUGUUUUCAGGGCAAAUCCUAAUUUUGCUGAAGAUGAGAAGGCGUAUGAGAACCUAAAAAGAAGCAUCCUGGGAGCAGAAUCUUCUGAUGAUGAAGAAGGGUCUGAUGAUGCUUCUGAUGAGGACGCUGAAGAAGAAUCUGACGAUGAAGAGGAUGAAGAGCAGAUGGAGAUUAGGGAUCAAACUGAGACUAAUCUCAUUAACCUUCGAAGAACCAUAUAUUUGACAAUUAUGUCGAGUGUUGAUUUUGAAGAAGCUGGUCACAAGCUUCUAAAAAUUAAACUCGAGCCUGGCCAAGAGAUGGAAUUGUGCAUCAUGCUUCUCGAGUGUUGCAGUCAGGAGAGAACUUAUCUUCGAUAUUAUGGAUUAUUGGGCCAACGAUUUUGCAUGAUUAACAAAGUUUACCAGGAGAACUUUGAGAAGUGUUUUGUGCAGCAGUAUUCCAUGAUACAUCGUCUUGAAACAAAUAAGCUAAGGAAUGUUGCUAAAUUUUUUGCACAUCUGUUGGGUACUGAUGCACUUCCUUGGCACGUUUUGGCCUACAUCAGAUUGACUGAGGAGGACACAACGUCUUCAUCUCGAAUUUUCAUUAAAAUACUCUUCCAGGAGUUGUCUGAACAUCUUGGUAUUCGUCUACUCAACGAGAAACUGAAUGAUCCCAACAUGCAAGAUUCAUUUGAUUCAAUAUUCCCAAAGGAUCAUCCAAAGAAUACAAGGUUCUCCAUAAAUUUUUUCACCUCCAUUGGUCUUGGGGGUAUCACAGAGACCCUGAGAGAGUACUUGAAGAAUAUGCCUCGACUGAUAAUGCAACAACAGAAACCCGCCUCUUCUGAGUCGGGAUCAAGUGAUUCAGGAUCUGCUUCAGACAGCUCCAGCUCAGAGUCAGAAUCGAGCUCUGAUGAGAGUGACAAGAAGAGAAGCAAGAGGCGGAAGAGGUAAGAGAAUGAAGAAAAUUAAUUGCACUGUUGCUUCUGGGAUGCAACUGUUGUUAGAUCAGCAUCGUCAGAUUUGGCUGUUCUGUUGGAUCCUCCUGUAUUUGUAUCCAUGUGCAAAAUCAGAUAUAGCUGUUGGUGCUUGUUGAAUUGAGGACCCAAUCAUAAUCUGAACCCCAAUAGCUGUGAAUCUGUGAUGGUGUAAGAUAUUAAGCGAGCUAGUAUUGGUUCCUACCUUCAAACCAUGUGAGACAAGCCAAAUCGCCAGCAAUCCUCACAGGAAACUGGAAUUCUAAUUUUCCUUUCAUAUGCUUUAGGCAGUGCAAGUUUUGUAUCUUGAGAAAUUAUCUUCUUACGGUCUGUAGUUUUGCAACAGUACUGAGCUAAGCAGGAAGCGAUCAACAGUAAUGUAUGUGCAAGUUGUAGUGUUUCUGCCCCUAUGUGGUGAGCCUUGCUCAUCUGUUGGUAUACUGCUGUUUUCGUGGUGUUAUUAUGGGCAUCACCAGCAUUUUUGUGUAUCAUUAGUAUCUUUGAGGAAGUAUUACAGAAAAAUCAUUGGUUUA